CGCAGUCUGCUAGACCUGGACCUGGACCCUGCCGUGCAGAGAGUGAGUCGUCUAUAGACAGAUACAUUGACUUCAAAGGUCAAUACUCCUGCUCUCCCCAUCAGACAGAACUGGACUCCAUAUUUAUGCUGCUUGAGGAGAACAUUGUCAGUUUUGUGAAGAAUGAGCUGAAGAAGUUCAAGAGAGUCCUGAGUCCAGAUUACCCAGAAUUCUUAGAGAGUCAGAGGGAGGAUGAGGAGGUGUUGGACUGUGAGGAUGAAGAGCAGAGGAGGAGCAGCAUAGAGGCAUUUCUGAAGAUCACCCUGAACUUCCUGAGGAGAAUGAACCAGGAAGAGCUGGCUGACUUUCUGCAGAGCAGUAAGAAAAUGUUAACUGAUUUAACAUGCAACCUCCAGAAGAAGUUCCAAUGUGUGUUUGAGGGGAUCACUAAAGCAGGAAACCAGACCUUUCUGAAUCAGAUGUACACGGAGCUCUACAUCACAGAGGGAGGGGCUGCAGAGGUCAAUGAUGAACAUGAGGUCAGACAGAUUGAGACAGCAUCCAGGAAACCAGCUAGACCAGAAACAAGAAUCAGACAAGAAGACAUCUUUAAAGCCUCACCUGGAAGAGAAGAACCAAUCAGAACAGUGCUGACAAAGGGCGUGGCUGGCAUUGGGAAAACAGUCUUAACACAGAAGUUCACUCUGGACUGGGCUGAAGACAAAACCUACCAGGACAUACACUUCACAUUUCCAUUCACUUUCAGAGAGCUGAAUGUGCUGAAAGAGAGAAAGUUCAGCUUGGUGGAACUUGUUCACCACUUCUUUCCUGAAACCAAAGAAGCAGGAAUCUGCAGGUUUGAAGAGUUCCACGUUGUGUUGAUCUUUGACGGUCUGGAUGAGUGUCGACUUCCUCUGGACUUCCACAACACUGAGAUCCUGACUGAUGUCACAGAGUCAACCUCAGUGGAUGUCCUGCUGACAAACCUCAUCAGAGGGAAACUGCUUCCCUCUGCUCGCCUCUGGAUAACCACACGACCGGCAGCAGCCAAUCAGAUUCCUGUUGACUGUGUUGACAUGGUGACAGAGGUCAGAGGGUUCACUGACCCCCAGAAGGAGGAAUACUUCAGGAAGAGAGUCACAGAUGAGGAGCAGGCCAGCAGAAUCAUCUCCCACAUCAAGACAUCACGAAGCCUCCACAUCAUGUGCCACAUCCCGGUCUUCUGCUGGAUCUCUGCUACAGUUCUGGAUCUGUUGAAAACCAGAGAGGGAGGGGAGCUGCCCAAGACCCUCACUGAGAUGUACAUCCACUUCCUGGUGGUUCAGUUGAAAGUGAAGAAUGUCAAAUAUCAUGGAAAUUCUGAGACGGAUCCACAGUGGAGUCUAGAGAGCAGGGAGAUGAUUGAGUCUCUGGGAAAACUGGCUUUUGAUCAGCUGCAGAAAGGAAACCUGAUCUUCUAUGACUCAGACCUGACAGAGUGUGGCAUCGAUAUCAGAGCAGCCUCAGUGUACUCAGGAGUGUUCACACAGGUCUUUAGAGAGGAGAGUGGACUGUACCAGGACAGGGUGUUCUGCUUCGUCCAUCUGACUGUUCAGGAGUUUCUGGCUGCUAUUCAUGUCCAUCGGACCUUCGUUAAAUCUGGAGUCAAUCUGAUGGCAGAAGAACAACCAACAUCCCGAGUGUCCAAAGUCGUCAGAGACAAACCGAAAGUAAAGCAUCUAUACAGGAGUGCUGUGGACAGGGCUUUACAGAGUCCAAAUGGACACCUGGACUUGUUCCUCCGCUUCCUCCUGGGUCUUUCUCUGCAGACCAAUCAAAGACUCCUACGAGGCCUGCUGACACAGACAGGAAGAAGUAGCUCACACACCAAUCAGGAAACAGUUCAGUACAUAAAGGAGAAGAUCAGUGAGGAUCUCUCUGCAGAGAGAAGCAUCAACCUGUUCCACUGUCUGAAUGAACUGAAUGAUCGUUCCCUAGUGGAGCAGAUCCAACGUUACCUGAGAUCAGGGAGUUUCUCUACAGAAAAACUCUCUCCUGCUCAGUGGUCAGCUCUAGUCUUCAUCUUACUGUCAUCUGAACCUGAUCUAGUUGUGUUUGACCUGAAGAAAUACUCUGCUUCAGAGGAGGCUCUACUGAAGCUGCUGCCAGUGGUCAAAGCCUCCAACAAAGCUCUCCUGAGUGGUUGUAAUCUCUCGGAGAGAAGCUGUAAAGCUCUGUCCUCAGUCCUCAGCUCCCAGUCCUCUAGUCUGAAAGACCUGGACCUCAGUAACAAUGACCUGCAGGACUCAGGAGUGAAGCAGCUAUCUGUUGGACUGGAGAGUCCACACUGUACACUGGAAAAUCUUUGGUCAGUUUUCAGCUGUUUGAUCAAGACUAGAUUUUUUUUCCUUUCUAGAUUUUCCUGUAUACUGCUUUCGGUUCAAUUUGCUAAAUAUUGUCAACAUGGAUAGGAUUUUUUGGCUGACAAUUUUCUAAAUACUGAUCUAUGUUUUUCUAAUUCCAGUCUGUCUGGUUGUCAGAUCUCAGAGGAAGGCUUUGCUUCUCUGGCCUCAGCUCUGAGCUCCAACCACUCCCAUCUGAGAGAGCUGGACCUGAGCUACAAUCAUCCAGGAGACAGAGAAGUGAGCCUGCUGCUUGCUCGACUGGAUGAUCCACACUGGAGCCUGGACAUCCUCAGGGUGGACAAUGGUGGAGAGCACAGGCUAAAACCUGGUGUGAGGAAGUUUUUUUGUGAACUCACACUGGACACAAACACAGUAAACAGAAAACUCAGACUGUCUGACAACAACAGGAAGUUGACUCUGGUGAGACAGGAAUGGUCAUAUCCUGAUCAUCCAGAGAGAUUUGACUACUGGCCUCAGAUGCUGUGCACAGAUGGUCUGACUGGUCGCUGUUACUGGGAGGUUGAGUGCAGAGGAAGAGUUAGAGUAGCAGUGAGUUACAGAGGAAUCAGCAGGAAAGGAAGCAGUGAUGACUGUGUGUUUGGAAAUAAUGAUCAGUCCUGGAGUCUGAGCUCCUUUGAUGGUCGUUACUCUGUCUGGCACGAUAACAAAAAGACUGACCUCCCAAUUUUCUCUGCUUCUGGUAGAGUAGCAGUGUAUAUGGACUGUCCUGCUGGCACUCUGUCCUUCUACAGAGUCUCCUCUGGCACACUGAUCCACCUCCACACCUUCAACACCACAUUCACUGAACCUCUUUAUCCUGGGUUUCUGCUAUUGCAGCAUGACUCCUCAGUGUUUCUGUGUCCUCUGUAG